AUGUGUCUUGCAACAUCGACAGCUAAUGAGGCAGGAAAUCAGGAAGUUCAAGAGUUUUCCUCUUGGCUUCUACAAGUCGGAGAUGGUCAUGAAGGCGUGUUAAUAAAAGGACAAAAUAAAGAUGUACGCCAGUUAAAAAUUCCAAGUCAGUACUUGCUACAAGAGGGCGACAAUAACUUGCAACAAUUGAUCAAAUUCAUCUACAAUACUGAAUUACUCACUUAUCCAACACCUGCUUUGAUAGCGGAACGAGCAAUAAUAUGCCCUAAGAAUGAUACAGUUCGAGAAAUCAAUAAUAUUGUGCAAGCCUUUACGCCUAGAGAGUCUAUCACAUACUAUAGUACAGAUUCUAUGGUUCCACAUUCUAAAAACGGAGAAGAAACAGAUGCAACGUACCCGAUUGAAUAUUUAAACAUGCUUUCAUUUAACGGUAUUCCUGAUCAUUGUUUACAACUAAAAAAAUUGCCCAAUAAUGUUGAUGCGAAAUAUAGAUUAAAAGAAUGGUUUGUGUAA